GUCUGCCAGCAGCCUCAGCAGCGGCUCGAUCUGGAUCCUACUACUCUGACAAUUAAACAGGAGGCCGCUUUUCUCCUCUUAUUCCCGAGGACCACUCUCCACCAUGGGCGACAAGAAGAGCCCCACCAGGCCAAAGAGACAAGCCAAGCAGAGCGCGGACGACGGGUACUGGGACUGUAGCGUGUGCACCUUCAGGAACACCGCCGAGGCUUUUAAAUGCAGCAUCUGCGACGUGAGGAAGGGCACAUCCACAAGGAAACCCCGGAUCAACUCCCAGUUGGUUGCCCAGCAGGUGGCUCAGCAAUACCCGAUGCCUCCCCCACCCAAGAAGGAGCGGAGGGAGAGGAGCGAGCGCACAGAGAAGGAGCGCCCAGACGGAGAAGGCGAACGUGCUAAUGGCGAGGGGCGUCCAGAGGGUGAGCGUCCGGAGGGCGAGCAUGCCAUUGGUGAAGGGCAUCCGGAGUGUGAGCGUCCAGAGCGCGAGGGUGAGCGUGCCAAUGGCGAGGGCCGUCCGGAGAGCGAGCGUCCGCAGAGCGAGCGUCCAGAGAGCGUGAGGCCAGAGGGAGACACCCCUGAGAAGGACAAGAGCGACAAGGAACAGCCAAUCAAAGACAAACCCGACAGAGAGAAGGAAAUCAUCCCGGCCAUCACGAAGAAGCCCAGCAGCAAAAAGACCAGACCCAAAUCAGACAACCACCAGAGCCCACCCAGUGACAAACACAGCAUACAGUCUGGAAAAUCAGCAACCAAGACCAACAAGAACUCUCACAUUUCCAGACCCAAACUGAAGAACAUCGACCGGAGCACCGCCCAGCAGUUGGCCAUUACCGUAGGGAAUGUGACGGUUAUUAUCACAGACUUUAAGGAGAAGACCCGCUCCUCCUCCACGUCCUCAUCCACCAUCACGUCCAGUGCGGGCUCUGAACAGCAGCACCAGAGCUCUGGCUCCGAGAGCAUGGACAAGAGCUCGUCACGCGCCUCUACGCCUAAAGGGGAUCUCUCUGUGGGGCAUGACGAGUCAUUCUGAGGGUCCCGCCUCAUUCCUUCCCCACAGUCUUCACCCUGCGCCACUACCCCUUUUUCCCCCCACGUUUUGGACACUAUGGAUCCCAUAGGGGGAGAUGUCACCUUUUCCCAUUGCUGCCCUGCCUCCAUUCCAUGAGCCACCCCUGGAUGCAGAGAGGAUCUGGUUGCCUGAGAGGAACAGUGCGAUGCUUCUGUCAGGGAAAACAAACGCCCUGCUUGGAGGACUUCCCUCGUGGUUACAACCGUGGCACAGCAGGGAGAGUUGCUCUACAAAGAGUAAUGCACCCACCCCAAACGCCCCCCCUGCGGUAGCAUCCAGACACUUGUAUGUAUUGUUUUAUAUUUGUAUGUGGAUGUGAGGCUAAGUCGACUUUUUGUUGUUUUUGUAAAGAAGAAUUAUUCGCUGGGCACAAUAACCACCAUCAUUUUAAUAACUUUAAACUAUUAUUACCCUUAUUUAUUACCUGUUGCACCUGUAUACUUUGAUAUUCUCCUUUUUAUGUUGAUGCUUUGCUGUGUAGCUCUGCCGAUCGAUCGUUCCUCUGGUGUUUUUCUUACAGUUUGAAAAUGAUAGGACAUGACUCGAGUCACAGACAGACACACAUACACACACACACAAACACACACACACUGGUGCUAGAUACACUGUGAAGCGGUUUUGCAGAUCUGGGACUGCCCAUUCACUCAAUGUGACAAAGUGCUGAUGAAUCAAAUUCUCAUUCACUUUUCUCUACAACACUGUCUCACUCUGAACACUGUCUGGACCUCCAUCAGGUCCGUCUGCUUGUUCUGUACAGGUCAAUGUGAGUCAGAAGAAAACCACCUGACGUUUUCAACAAGACUGUCUAUGAUUUAGUAUGCUAUAGCAGAUCUCUUAUACAGUAUCUUAUGUCCUUAACUGUACAGUGUAGGCUGUUGUGUAAAACACUAAAAGCUGUUGAUAUUUUUCUGCAUCCCAUACUUACAUAAUGAGUUUCCUGGCAGAAGGUAGAGCUAUUCUCUCAUCUCUUGAGCCAGACGGUUUUAUUCAGUUGUGACUGAAGGAGGGUUCCGCGUAGUUCCACUUGGUCAAACCAAAUUGAACUGUAAAAACAGACCUGUUGUGUCAAGCUGUUGUGAAUCAAGUUCAUUUUUUAUUUUGUGGUGGUCCUGAAGACGACUUUGAAUCUUCACUUUUUCAACCUGAUAAAUCCCUCAAAACAAGUACAAAGACACAAACAAGUUACAAAGAUUGACAAUUCAAUUGACUUGUGUUUAUUUUUUUUUAUUAAUUUAAGACUCCUGUCAUUGAAGGCAAAAAAAUAAAGUUGCAGUAGUUAAUAAAACUUAAUUGCUCUUUUCAAUUUUUAGAACAGCAAGGCUUAUUUAAGGGUUUUAAUUCACUUCCACAUUAGCUGAUACUAGACCAACAUAAUUUUCUUUAACUGUAUGAAAUUGUAUAAAGAAUAAAUGUGUAUAUGAUAUCUUAGUUUUAUUUAUUGAAGGACCAAAGGAAUUUCAUAAUGACAUGAUACAUAGACAGAUGAAUAACAAUUUGAAAUGCAAUUAUCUAAUGUGUGAGAUGAAUAACAGUUUAAAUAAAGACUAAUAUAAUCCAUGUAAAUGGUGUUCUUAUUGUCCACUUGUCUCUGUGCGCGGCUAAAUCUGGGCAGAGAAGGGUCAGAGCAGAGUUAAAGAAAACUCUGGGCUCUGCUCUCAGUGGUGGCCGUGGCCUCGUCGUGCAGGUGAUGUGGAGCAGACUGAGUGUGUGUGUGCGAGUGGGUGGGAAGAUGAGGAGCGGUCUGGUGCCGCUGAGUUGAAGCCUCAGCAAAUCUCCUCUUCACUCUGCUGGACCACCACAGCACAUGUCGCCGCCCCUGAGUAACACAGGCUCCCAGAGCAUCAAAAACCAGGUUAGUUGAGGAAAACGCAUCCCAGUAAACUCCUGAGCGACAGGAUUUGAUCUGUCUUGACAUUAGAAAUUCAGCCCUGCAGGUGCACACGUAUGGAUGAUAAUCACCUGUGUUGUAAGGAAUGUCCAGGAGAUGUCUGUUCCUAACUUUUGUUCUGCUCUUAUACUGAUGGUUAUCUUUGUAAUUAUGUACUUUAUACAAAUAUGGAAUCAGUGUUCAAAGUGAGGAAAAGCAAUGUGAUUACAACUAAAAAAAUAAAUAAAAAGGGGAAAAUGUUCUGUCCGAGUUUUAAUGAGAAUAAAACUCUGCUUUGUGAUGCAAUCUGUUAGAAAUGGGCCUGAGAAGCCAUCUCUUCACCUGCCUUAUCUGCAACCGUUCACUUGACUGAGUACUCGAACAGGAAGGAUUCAUUGUUAAAUUAUUGAUAAAUUGCCAUUUGCUGAGUAUAUGAAUUAUUGCUUGUAAAUAGAAUUCUAAAAAGGUGCAAAAGCAAACACUAUGAAUAAUGGCAUCAGAGCUGAAGUCUUUUGUUCCUGUUUCCUUUCCGCGCAAGCAGUUCUGUUCUUGUGUGCGACCAGUAACCUUAAUUUACUGUGUAAAGAUGGUUACAUUUUUUAGCUUUGUUUGUCAGAGACCCAAAUAUAGAAUGCUUGUUUUAAUGACUGUAUAACCUUAACCGUGAAUUUCCAAUUAAGUGUAUUAUACAAACUAAUUUCUUCCUAUAACAAUGUCUUGUACAAUGCUUUUAAAGUUAUUGCUCUGUUUAAAAGUAAAAAUGGGGGAAAAAAUGUAGGGACAGUACAAUAAUCCAUUCUUUGUUUCAUCCAGUUUUACUUUUGUUUUACUUAUAGCUGAUGUGUCAUUGUUUCCCCUUGUGAAAUGGUCACAUUAUGUUCCUGGUGUGGAAAUGUAUGCAGCAUUUUCAGCAGAUCACAGCUCCUUGUCUAGCUUAUAAUGUUAAAAUACUACAUGUUUCUGGCAUGUGCACGACUUUUUGCUUAUAGGCUAACCUGAUCAUUUUCCUCUGCUUCAAAUAGAAAUGUCUAUUUAUGAAUUUUGCUUGUAGUUUUUCACAAAUAAAAUGUUAAAGUUACCUA